UUCUCCGGCAGGGCAUCACGUUUCAACUGUUGACGUUCUCCAGCGCCCUCAAAUCAGAACACAGACGGAGGAGCCGGCCCCUUCGGCGCGUUUCAACGCCACGUCUCGGCCCCCUAAGUCAAAGGCGUUCGAGAGGGAAAAGGCGCCAACUCUUGUGCGAAAAAGCUAACGCGCCAACCUCUGCAGGCCUCGAGAAAGAUCGCGAUGACUUCGGAAAGCACGCCUAAUUGACGACUACGCUGAACAUUAAAGCGUUGUGUUGUUCAGCUAAUAACCUUGUAGCCUAGGCAUCUACCUAACCGAGGUAUAGAGACCUUAGUAGAGGCAAGGGAAGCUGCGAGCGCCGCAGUUGUGGAACCGGCGGCAUCGUCAUGAAGUCAGCCGAGACCUCGUCACCGUCGUUCAGGUCGUUCGAGGCGGUCUACGCGUUUCUGGCGGUGCUGUACUUGUUGACCGCGACGAACCUGUACCUGCACUUCAACAGGGACUCGACACUCGUCGUUUGUGAGCGCACGAGCUGCGGCGUUUCCGCGGAGGACUCUUCUGGCGAUGCCCACGUGUCAGGCGCGCAAGGCGAGACCCACGGCGGCCGCGCCAGGCGCAGCAGCAGACCGACGGCGUCCCGCAAACCGGGCCGCGCCGUCGAGGAGCCCGUGUACGCGAGGAUAUCGCCCAAGGCGGCCGCCGUGCCCAACGUGGAGUUCUUCCCGCGAAACGACAUGACCAGCUCCGACGGGAACACCAUGCUCGUCAGCUCUUACGCCAGGAUACCGGUGCCAGUGCUGGAGGAAUUCUGCUUCACCUCGAAAGAGUACUGCGGGCCUGGCGACCCGGGACAUCCGGGGAAGCCUGGCAUUCCGGGCUACCCGGGAGAGAAAGGGGACAUGGGGCUGCGAGGACUGCCAGGAUUACCGGGAAUCCCAGGCCCCGUUGGUCCCGUCGGACCCCCGGGCACGAAGGGAGACAAAGGCUCAAUUGGUGAAACCGGUCCCGCUGGUCUGGACGGAAGGGACGGCCUUCCAGGCCAGCCUGGUCUUGAUGGAAUUCCGGGGCCCCAGGGCCCGGAUGGACGUCCCGGUGUUGAUGGAAGAGACGGCAUAGACGGCAUUCCGGGACGAAAUGGCACCGAUGGAAACGACGGCAAAGAUGGGUUCCCGGGACCCCAAGGGCCGCCUGGAGCCAAAGGAGCUGCAGGCAUCCCAGGGCCGCGGGGCAAAAGGGGACUGCCCGGCCAGCCGGGAACUCCUGGUGUUCCCGGCAUCACCGCGUGGACAGUGAACGGCUCCGGCCAGCUCAAGACGGAAACCCUGCUCAUACCCCCGGCCAUCGUGGACGCGCAAACGGUGCAGACGGUGACCAUCCGUGAAGGCGAGAACGUGCGGCUUCACUGCUCGGCUACUGGCCAGCCGGAACCCGUGGUCACGUGGAGAAGGGAGAACGGCAGACCCAUCUACGGGCAGCGAUUCCACGAAUCGCUCAUCGAAGACCGCCAGCUGAACCUGACACACGUGACUCGGGAGGAAAUGGGUCGCUACUUCUGCACUGCGUUCAACGGCGUGCCGGUGGAAGCUACCAAGGAAGUUGCUCUAGAAGUUACUUUCGCUCCGUUCGUGCGCAUCAAGCAGUGGUCGGUGGCGACGCGUGUGGGUGGCUGGGCGCUGCUCGAGUGCCACAUCGAGUCCUUCCCGGCGGCAGUGAACACCUGGACGCUGCGCUCGGGACGAUUCCUCGAGGACGGGCCAAAGUACCGGGUGCGCGAGCAAGACCGCGGCUACACCACCCUCAUGACGCUCAACAUCACCGACGUGGGGCCGCAGGACUUUGGACUCUACCACUGCGUCAGCAAGAACGCCCUCGGACAGGCCAUCGGAUCUCUCACCGUCUACAGCGAGGACGAAAGGACAGAGGAGUUUGACGAUUCAGAGAGGACAGCCGGGCAAACUCCACCGACUAAGCAGACCAUGGGUGACUGCAAGCGAUGUCCGGAAUGCACCGGCACUCGGCUGAAAACCUGCGGACCAGGCACGUUGACGGACAUUAUCAACGUUCAGAACGUCGACAGUACUGUGAACAGGACUAACUGGAUUGCAAGGAGGCCACGUAAUCAGGAGUGCCUGGUCACGCGUCGCGUGAUCGAGCGCAUCGGCAAGCCCGUGCUGAACCGCAAGCCUGGCGGCCACUUCAGCAACUGGAUGCGCGAGAGCACGCCGUUCGACCCGAACACCUUCUACGUGGCCAACGAGCAGGACGGCCUGUCGCUGCUCGAGUUCCCCUCCAAGGCGGCCUUCCAAUCCGGCACCGGUUACCGCACGCUGCGACUUCCGGCUCCGUUCCACGGCAACGGACAGCUGCUGUACAACGGGUCGCUAUACUACCACCAGAACGACACCAACUACGUGGUCAAAAUGCCCCUGGUGGGCCGAGGCAGCGGGGAUCCGUUCAAAGUGACUGCUCGCCUGAAGCUGGACGAUGCCGUGUUCCGCAAUGGCAGCUACCUGUACGCGGCGCAGAAGAACUACGUGAACAUCUUGGCCGACGAGAAUGGUCUGUGGCUGAGCUAUUCCAGCCGCAGGUCCAACAACACAAUGAUACUCAAGGUACACGAGGAGAGCCUGAGGCCGGAGUACAUCUGGAACCUGACCGUCGACCACCGGCAGGUGGCGCACCUGUUCGUCGUGUGCGGCGUGCUGUACGCGGUGAACAGCCUGAGCGAGCACAGCACCGAGGUCGGCCUCGCUUACGACUUGUACGCCGACGCUCUUCUGACGGACGCGCCCCGGCUCAACUUCAGCAACCCGUUCGGCAACACCACCUUCCUCACGUACAACCCUGGCGACGCAUCCCUUUACACGACCGACAGCGGCAACCAGCUGCUCUACCCGCUGCUCUUCAACGCCACCGAGGGACAGCCCAGGAAUGCGUGACUCGGCGAGACCCGCUAUCUUCCUCACGCCGCCGGUGUGCCGAACGAAGACGCCGUAUUUGUACAUGCAUAGUACGAGAUAUUUUCUCCACUCAAUGGCAACGCAAAACGGGGGCCUUGAACUAAUUUAGAACUAAGCUACCAAUCAGAUGCGAUGUCUUUUCUCUCGUACAUUAUUUUGACCAUUGAACAUUCAAUCUAUGAAAAGAAAAA